AUGGACGAAUUUUUCGCGAUAAUGGAGCAAUUCGUGGAGGAGCCGGUUGAAAUGGAGUACCUCCGCGCCGCGGAGGCCGCCAGGCGGAACCGGAAGGGCCCGAGCGACGCAACCGGCGCAAGCGGCGUGAAGGGUGGGAAGCCGCAGAUCACUCGCCAAAAGUCACAAAAUAAAGAGUUCGCCCGCCAGCCUUCCUUUCAAGAAUCGCCUGUCUCCGCACCACCCGCGCAAGCCCCUGUUACGCAGCCGGCAACACCCAGUGGUAACCGCCGGUUGUCGCACCCUUCAGUGUCUAGAGAGCGCUCCCGUUCGUUCUGCGACCGGGUCACCCAAGUGGAGCCGGCCGACGAAGCGCGACUGGCGGGAUCGAAUGGUGCUGCUGCGGGCAUUGCGACGUCGGGUAGUGCCAGCGUUGGCCGCUCCGCAGCGGUUUCUUUUGCGCGGUCAGAUUCAUUCGCCAUACCCGCCCGCGUCGUUUCCUCUACUUCGCGGGACCCACGGGAACAGCAGGAGCAGCGCGAGCAACAAAGGGAGACGGAAGUUUUCGAGGCGUCGCAGCAGCGCGAGCUCGAGUCGCUCAUCGACGCGCUCAAGGCAGAGAUUUGCGCCAAGGACCAGCUUCUGGGAGCGUCGGAGGGCGAGCGGAAAUUGUUGGAGGAGGAGCUUCGCAGCGCGUGGGAUCACGUGGCGGAUUUGGAGCGCCAGCUGGAGGGCAUGCAGGUGGCAGGCGCAGCGAUGGAGCGGGAGAUCGAAUCCCUCCGCGCGCAGGCGAACAAACGCUCCCCGCGCCGUGGCGGAAGCGAAGGGGACAUGGCGGUGGGGAAUCAUAUUUUGGAGAUGGAGCGGGCUUUGGGGGAGCUUACGCGCAAGCUCGCGGCGACGGAGAGUGCGCUUCAGCGGUCGGAGGCGCAAAACUCAGAACUGUCCGGCAAAGUAGCUGUGCGGGAAGACGAGCUUGGGCGGACGAAAUCCGCACUGCAGCAGGCUGAGCUGGAAAGGGAUUCGCUCGCCGACGAAAUGGAGGCUGCACUUGCCAGCUGGGCGGCAGACAGCCCCCGAAUCUCCCCUUCCAGUGCAGAUCCCUCUGCUGCAGCUGGCGAAAUCCAAAAGCAGGAAGCUGCGAAACUCGCGAACGCUCUCCAGGCAGCUCAGCGAGAGCUUCAAGUCGUUCAGGCGGAGCGGAAUUCGCUUCUCUUCGCUGUUGGGCAGCCCAGGCGACAGGAGCCGCGACCCUCUACGAGCAACCAGUACAGUGCCGGAAGUCGCAAUCGCUCGCUCACCCCUCCCCCGACUCACUCCCUUGCGACUUCUUUCUCCGCGUCUAGUCGUAGCGGGCCCAUGGAGCUCCAGCGAAACUUCGGCAUGGAGGCAUCGCCGCCGCAGUCGGGGCAACAGAAGGGUCGCCAUGUGCACUUCUCACCUCGCACUGCGGACGUGAAAGUCUCUGCCAAUUAG